AUGGUAUGUUUUUCAGAGAUCUGGCUAGACUGGCUGAAGGAUGAGAUUCGGAUGGCUUCAGAAAACUCGGAGCGGGAACAGAUCUAUGACCUUUUUGAAAGAGCUGUGAAAGACUAUAUCUGUCCUGAAAUCUGGCUGGAGUAUGCCCAGUACUCCAUUGGUGGCAUUGGUCAGGAGGGAGGCAUUGAGAAAGUUCGUUCAGUAUUUGAAAGGGCCCUGACUGCUGUUGGCUUGCAUAUGACAAAAGGAGCUGCUAUUUGGGAGGCCUACCGGGAAUUUGAAAACGCCAUCCUGGAAACCCUGCAGGUAGUGCCAUGGCAUGCUUAGCUGCCUUCUUUUGUA